AAGGUUAAUUUUCACGUGCCAAGGAAUCCAUUAAAAGGAAAGCAGAUCCUGUCAUAGGAUGAGGUAGGGGAGUUUCUGAGAAGGUCUUGAUAUGAUGUCACAGGAAAACCAAAGCACCCCCCUACCUUUCUAUUUUCCAGUACAGCUCUGCAUUUGCAAAAUCGGACAAAAUGUGCUAAGGAAAACGGAAGUUCUAACAAAUGCUAAUGACUCAUGAAUGUGUAGCUCUAUUCCCAGUAUCUAAGCUUGGAUGUGGUUUUCUGGAAUAACAGGGGCAUAACAAAUCAAGUUGCGCUGACCAAUGACUAAUGCUAUGUAUAUUUUUUAAAUGGUUAAUGCGACCUGGGUCAAUAAAUGUAGAACGCUAUAGCCCACAUGGUAGAAAAGAGAGUUUAACUCAGUUAUUGGUAAGGGGUUAUACUGUAGCAAUCAGUUUUUUAGAACAUACCCGACUCAGUCAAAGCCCACAAAAGUGAAAACUCGCCAGCAAUUGGAUCUCUGCCGCUCCACAAGCGGUGAAGACGCAAAACUCUGGAUAUCUGAACACAAUGUAAGGUUUUUAAAUUAAAUUAAAAAAAAAAAAAAAAAAAUGCGGGGUGUUUUUAGUUAUUAGUUCAAAAACUAUGCUUCCAAGAUGCAAUGCAACAAAAACCUUUAUUUUCAAGGUCAGGCGGUGGGAGGUUAUUUUUCUACUAUGUAUCCUGCAGUUAACAGAAACAGUUGGUAGCAAUGUGGCUAUUGCAAUGAACGUUGCAGUAUAGUAUUGUGGGCAGCGGGUUUGAAGAAAUCAGCGCCUCGCAGAACGAAUCACUUUAAAUCAACGCCUCAGUGCUGUGAAUAUAGAUCAGCGGCAGUUUCCUUACACAGCAGAGGCAGAAGAGAAGGAAAAGAGAAAGAAAAAAAGAACCGGCUGUCUUGGCUUCCAGUGCAAGAAAUACACAUACAAAAAGGAACCCAGUUCACGUUCUACUAUAUUCGACGCGCUGGUUGUAACCAGAGUGGAUAACAAGGAUGGGAUAUGCCAACAAAACCUUCAAAAGAUACGCUGUCUUUCUUUGGAUUGCUUAUUUGCUUCUUUCAAUAGAAGGCAGGAGACCAAGGCAACCCAGAUGCCCCACGUCGUGUAUAUGCACUAGAGAUAAUGCUCUGUGUGAAAAUAUCAGAUCUGUUCCUCGCAGUUUCCCCCCCGAUGUCGUUUCUUUAUCGUUUGUUAAAUCUGGAUUCAGCGAAAUUCCUGACGGAAGCUUUUUGCACACACCUGCACUGCAGCUUCUCCUGUUCACUGCAAACUCCUUUGAGGUCAUUCAUGAAGAUGCUUUCCUUGGUCUUCCACAUCUCGAGUACCUGUUUAUCGAAAACAAUAAAAUCAAAUCGAUUUCUCCAAAAGCUUUUCAAGGACUGAAGUCUCUUAUUCACCUGAGCCUGGCAUAUAAUAAUCUUCAGACACUCCCUAAAGAUGUUUUCAAAGGCCUGGAGGCAUUAAUAAAGGUGGAUCUCAGAGGUAAUGCCUUUAACUGUGACUGCAAAUUGAAGUGGUUAGUUGAAUGGAUGCACAACACAAAUGCAACUGUGGAUCAAAUCUAUUGUGCAGACCCACCAGCAUAUCAAGGGAAGGAAAUCAAUGACCUUGUGCCGCAAUCAUUUGACUGCAUAACAACAGAAUUUGUUUCAUACCAGUCCCUAAAAUUUGAGUCCAUUUCCGUGGAUUCCUUCUCUUACAAGAACGAUGACUAUAUUGUGAUUGCCCAGCCUUUCAUCGGAAAGUGCAGCUUCCUAGAAUGGGACCAUGUUGAAAUGGUCUUCCGGAAUUAUGAUAACAUUAACAGCACUUCCACGGUCGUCUGCAAACCAAUGGUGAUAGAUACUCAGCUGUUUAUCAUUGUUGCCCAGCUUUUUGGAGGCUCCCACAUUUACAAACGGGACAACUCUGCAAACAAGUUCAUCAAAAUCCAGGAUAUUGACAUCCUCAAAAUCAGGAAGCCUAACGACGUGGAAACCUUCACAAUAGAUGACACCUCAUACUUUGUCAUUGCCGACAGUUCCAAAGCAGGUUCUACAACAGUUUACAAGUGGAAUGGAAACGGGUUCUACUCCCAUCAGUCCCUCCACCUCUGGUACAGAGAUACGGAUGUGGAAUAUCUCGAAAUAGCCAACAAACCACACUUGAUUCUCUCAAGCAGCUCCCAGCGCCCUGUUAUCUAUCAGUGGAACAAAUCCCAAAAAUUGUUUGAUAGGCGUACAGACAUUCCUGAAAUGGAGGACGUCUUUGCGGUCAAGCAUUUCAAAGUGAAGAAUGACCUGUACAUCUGCCUCACCAGGUUUAUUGGGGACUCCAAAGUGAUGAAGUGGGAUGGCUCUAUGUUUUUGGAGAUACAGACAAUGCCAUCUAGAGGAUCAAUGGUGUUCCAGCCUUUUGCUGUGAACAACUGGCAGUACGCAAUUCUCGGGAGUGACUACUCCUUUACACAAGUCUACCGCUGGGACGUGAAGAAGAGCCAGUUUGUUAAUUUCCAGGAGUUAAAUAUCCAGGCUCCGAGGGCUUUUACACUUGUUUCUAUUGACAACCGUGAGUUUCUGCUGGCUUCUAGUUUUAAGGGAAAAACGCAGAUUUAUGAACAUCUCAUACUUGACCUAAGCAAUUAAUAGAAGCAGACCUUACUUGUAUUUACACUGCAGUAAAGAAUAACUGCUCUUAAUGGAAAUGGACAUGUUGUUGGAUUAUAUGCAUGAUAUAUUUCACUAACAAUACUUCCAGGUGAAUGUCUUGCUAGAAGUGUCCAUCUGUUUUGGUUGUCAUCAUUUAGUGCUUUUGAAUUUUCCUUUCUU